GCAAUGGAUGUCUGUAUGGACUGUGCUGGAACAAUUCAAGGCUGGUUUGAGAUACUGGGCUACAGUAACAAAACCCUGCUGGAGAGUCAGACUUUCACCAUAGCCCAGCCCGAGACAUGUAGCGGCACAGCAGAGGAAGCAACCGCCGCAAGACCAUUCAGCAGCGACUACCACGUCGGCUACUGCGGCCGCGUCAACGUGUUUAGAUUCGGAGAUGGCAACUGUACGAUCAACCAAUUCAACUCACCCGACUCAGACACCACCGCGAACCAGGCACAAGCAACAGCAUCAACAUCGACCACGACUAGCACGACAGCAAGAUUGUGCCCGUCCGGUAUGAGCAGGACUAUGGUACUGAUUCAGUACAACUCCACGGACCAGGAAGUGUUUGUAUCGGGAGGUGUUCCUGCAAACUACACCACAGCUGAACCGUCCAGGAUUGAGAUCAAUCACCUCGUGUUAGGUACAGGUGCAUACUUCGACGCUUACAACGCCUGGGCUGCAGGUGACGACUUCCUCGACUACGAUGGCGGUGAGGCUGACCAAGGUCGGUACAACAACGUCUCGGCGGCAGGGUCGCCGACGGUGAGGACAAGCAAAAACAUCAUCAGCCCGGCUUACUACGUCUACAAUACCCUCGGCGACGACGUAUACUCCAUGGAGGUGUGCAUGAACUGCAGCCAGACCUACAACGGCUGGUUCGAGGUGUACCUGACGUGGGCUGGCGGACAUGAGCCUCGGUUGAACCAGGACAGAUUGUGUUCCGGUAGCGCCAACGCCAACGAGAGGGCCAGGAACAUCACCGGGUCGUACCACAUUGCAUUUUGUGGGAAACUAAAUGAAUUCUACACCAACAGCACCUCCUGCUCUAUCAGUAACCCUUAAACGUGGAAAUGGUAUUUUUUACUUCCGUCCGAAUAAACGGUAUUCGGGUU